UUUAAUUCUACCCGAAUUUACAACGACACAUACAUGAUUAACAGCAUUAACGGUCACCACCAAUACCAAAAGGAGCACCGAGCUGAAGAAACUACCAAAAGAGAAUGAAGAAUCUUUGUCUGAACUUCGAUUGCAACAAACAUUCAAUUCCAUCAAAACCUAAUUCGGUGUUUUUGGUUCCUCCGCCUCCUUGUAGGUUGUGGUUUCCGACAUGGAAUAGGAACAAGGUCAACAAUCAGAAGACGAGGAAGUUGUCAGUUUCGGUGUCGUUGAAGGAGCAAUGGCUUGAAUCUGCGGCAAAACACGCUUUUGGAUUCGGAGUUUCGGCAACUUUUUUUUUCUCUAUAUUCUGUGAUUCGCCUUCGGCUCUUGCUGAAUCUCUCACCGUUGCUUUUCCCGUUUCACGUGCACCUGAGGUAAAUGCAGUUCAGAGAACCCUUGUGGAAGCAUGGGGUUUAAUUCGCGAAACGUUUGUUGAUCCUACAUAUAAUCACCAAGAUUGGGAUUUGAAGUUGCAGCAAACCAUGGUGGAAAUGUUUCCCUUGAACUCAGCUGAUGCAGCAUACACAAAAAUCAGAGGAAUGCUUUCUACCCUUGGCGAUCCAUUCACUCGGAUUAUCAGUCCAAAGGAAUACCAAGGAUUUAGAAUUGGAAGUGAUGGGAACUUACAAGGAGUAGGCCUCUUCAUAAAUAUUGAACCAAGAACUGGACAUUUGUUGAAAUCACAGGUUGUUUUAUCCUGCAUUGAAGGCAGUCCAGCUGCUCGUGCUGGUAUUCAUCAAGGGGAUGAGUUGGUUGAGAUAAAUGGGGAGAGGCUUGAUGGCCUUGUUAGUGAAGCUGCAGCACAGAGGCUUCGAGGGAAUGCUGGAACCACCGUUACAGUAAAGGUGAAAGACAUGAUGAAAAAAUCUUCCAUCCGAGAGCUGAUCCAAUUCCGAAUUGACUCCUCCAUGUGCUUGAAGGUUAAACUUCCGCGCGAGAACAUUAAGCUCUCUCCAAUAUCAAGUGCCAUCAUCCCUCAUAGAUUACCAACUGGCCAAUUCACAAAAACUGGCUACGUAAAAUUGUCCGCAUUCUCUCAGACUGCUGCUGAAGACAUGAAGAAUGCCAUUCAAGAAUUGGAAAAUCAAGGAGUACACUCAUACAUACUAGAUUUACGAAACAAUCCGGGUGGCUUGGUAAAAGCUGGCCUUGAUGUUGCCCAGAUGUGGUUGGAUGGGGACGAGACUCUAGUGAAUACCAUCGAUAGAAAUGGGAACAUGUUACCGAUUACCAUGGUCGAUGGACAUGCUAUAACUCAUGAUCCACUUGUGGUUAUUGUCAACGAGGGAAGUGCAAGUGCUAGCGAGAUUUUAGCCGGUGCAUUACACGAUAAUGGUCGAGCUAUUCUCGUGGGGCACAAAACAUUUGGUAAAGGAAAGAUUCAGAGCGUCACGGAGCUUCAUGACGGAUCAGCCCUCUUUGUAACCGUCGCAAAAUAUCUAUCGCCGGCACUUCAUGACAUAGACCAGGUCGGCAUAACGCCGGACAUACAAUGCACAACAGAGAUGCUCAAUUCGGCCAUGGAAGCUUCGGCGAAAAAUAACAAUAGUAACAAGAAAAACUCAGUUUCAUCCCUUGAAGCAGAUUCAUGCAUUAUGGUAGCAGAACAUGAAUUGGAUAUGGAGGAGUCAAAAGGAACUGCUUCUUGAACAUUUACACUUUCUUGAACUACCAUUUUUCUUUCUUCAACUUUAUAGUUGAAAAGGGUUUUUGGUAGAAUGUACAUUUGUGAUAUCUAUUGAUACACAUUAUAGAAUAUAGAGAUUGUAUAUAUCAUAAUAUCAAAAUCAAUGGAAUAAUAGGUGAAUUCAAUUCCAAGUUCAA